AGAAUUGGAUUGGAUAAUCGAGAUUAUAAAUAUAUAUAAAAAUUUUACGCAGUAAGUAUUUUGUGAUGAUUUUAAAAAAAUUUUGCUUUUAAUUCUGUAAAGUGUGUCUUAGUACCUAGAAUUAUUAGCAUAUGUUUGAAAAGUUCAGAUAUAAUAAGAGACAAAGCGUUAAUCACGACAAAUUAUUUUUAUCAAAAUUUUUUUGAGGUAUGUGGAUUUGUUAAACAACUUUUCGAAGAUGGCUUAUUUAAUUACAACAUUUUUGGCUUUAAGUGUUAUUGCUUUUGAUUUUCUGUAUAUAUUUCAGUUAUCUAUAAGCUUGAACAAUGCCACCGAAAUAGUCGAGUGCAGUUUCUACAUUGCAGGCUCAUUAUUUACAAUUUAUAUCAAUUUUUAUCUUGGUCAAGAACUGACGAAUCACAGCAAUCUAGUUUACGAGGAAUUGUGUCAAGUUCCAUUUUAUACUCUUUCGAAUAAAACACAAAAAUUUCUAUUAUUCAUAAUUGCAAAGAGCUGUAAAGCAAGCACGAUUUCGAUUGGUGGUAUGUUUGUGUCAACACAUGCAACGUUUGCAGCGGUAAGUUCAAUUAGCGAUUGUUUUAUGAUUUAUUGUUUAAAUAUAUCUUUUCAGUUAAUAAGGAAAGCGUUCUCUUUUGCAAUGGUUUAYUACUCUACACUAUAAUUCUUAAUUGUAUUUAAACAAUUGUGAAGAUAUUUUCAAUACUGUGCUUAGUAAAGAU